AUGGUUCGUUCGUUCGGAGACUCUGUGCGGGCCCCGGCCUGGCUGACCGGAAUGACCGCGGCCAAAAAAAGGGUGCACCAGUGUACAUAUAGGGGAGGGGGAAGCGUGACAAAACGCACAUCGAACAUAGCGCCCGGAACUUUUCCGAAGAGAUGUGCAAGAAUUUAUGGGCGGAAGACCGAGGAUUUGGCGGGCGACGAGGAAAAACGUAAAAAAAAGUUUAUCGGCAAACCAACCCCAGCAUACCGGUGGCAAAUUCAUUAUACACACAGGCCCUGUGCACGAGGGUGUACGAAACUAAAACAAACACUAUUCGUCCUUUGA